AUGCCAUUUGGACAGUUAGUACUUGGCAGUCCCGGCGCAGGGAAGAGCACAUACUGCGAUGGCAUGCAACAGUUUAUGGGCGCCAUCGGGCGACAAUGUUCAGUAAUCAAUCUCGACCCUGCGAACGACCACACCAACUACCCGUGCGCGCUCGACAUUCGCGACCUUGUCACUCUGGAGGAGAUCAUGGCGGACGAUAAGUUGGGCCCCAAUGGCGGUAUUCUUUAUGCGCUUGAGGAGCUGGAAAACAAUAUGGAAUGGCUCGAGAACGGUCUCAAGGAGCUUGGAGAAGACUAUGUGCUGUUCGACUGCCCCGGUCAGGUCGAGCUUUACACCCACCACAACUCGUUGCGCAACAUCUUUUACCGGUUACAGAAGCUGGGCUACAGGCUGGUAGUUGUACACCUUUCCGACUGCUUCUGCCUUACACAACCAUCGCUCUAUAUCUCCAACGUCCUCCUCUCCUUGCGCGCCAUGCUGCAGAUGGACCUUCCCCAUAUCAACGUCCUGACCAAGAUCGACAAAAUCUCGUCGUACGACCCUCUCCCCUUCAACCUCGACUAUUAUACCGAAGUACAAGACCUACGGUACCUCAUGCCGUCUCUCGACGCAGAGUCGCCUGCCCUCAAGAAAGGGAAAUUCACCAAGCUUAACGAAGCGGUUGCGAACAUGGUCGAACAGUUUGGCCUCGUCAGCUUCGAGGUGCUGGCAGUCGAAAACAAGAAGAGCAUGAUGCAUCUAUUGCGGGUGAUUGAUCGAGCAAGCGGAUACGUCUUUGGCGGUGCUGAGGGUACGAACGACACUGUCUGGCAGGUUGCCAUGCGCAACGAGUCGUCAUUGCCCGAUGCCCUUGAUAUCCAGGAACGGUGGAUUGACAACAAAGAGGAGUACGACGAGAUGGAGCGGAAGGAGGAGAAAGAACAGGAGAAACUUCGGGCAGAGCAGGCUCGGGCUGCUGAGGAAGCAGGCCUCGAUGCUGGCUCGAUACCUGGUGUGGUGCCACAGAUAACCGCUGGCUCGGGUAUUCGGGUAACGCGUAAGCAGCCUAAGACGUGA